AUGAUGUCGUCCCUUCCUAUUGUCCUAUCCGAUGUCAACCAGAGAGUCCGCAAAAAUGCGAAGGUUGAUCCAAAAAACAAAAAGCCCCUGAACGAGGUACCGUUCUACAACUACCUCAACUUUUGCCGGGAAGCCAGCAAGCGGUAUGAUGUUUUCUUUAUGGCCCUAGAAGCAUUUGUUGAUGAAGCCUCCAGGACGGGAAAUUGGGGAGAGCAUAAAUAUCCCGACUCGGAUGAUGAGGAGGAGUCUGAGUCAAUCGACGGAGAACACAAAGUGAUGUUGGCAAUCCCCGACAACCUAGAGUCCGACAAGUUCGAUCGUAACGGCUUUCCAAUUCGUCAAGUAUCACCUCCUCAAACACCGAAGAAAUCGUUUGAAAAAGUUAAAUUAUUUAAAAACGAGGCAGAUCAUAGACCAUCACUUGGGUUGCUUACCCCUGAACAGACCCCAGUACGCUCUCGGCAAACCUCAUCACGCUCAGCUGAGGUUUCGGUAAAAGACAUAAAGAAAGAAUCAUCUGACCUUUUUGGGCCAUCUCUGACAGUGGUAAACACUGUCCUACAAGGCACUCAGGCUCAUCCAGCCUCCACUUCACCCAGAUUGAAGAAGAGAAAGGCAGAGGACAGCGACUCUGAAUACUCGGGAUUCACGUGUAUGCCGCAGUGCCCCCCGACCCCGGCUGCAUCGCCUGUGGUGAAACGUAAAGUCGUUGUCAAAGUAGAAUCCGACGAUAUCUCUGAGACUCUCAUCGAAGAGUUUAAUACCGUUGUUAGCUAA